CACUACGGGUACCAGCACUAUUGCUCCAAUCAUGAGCGUAAAAUCAGAAGAUACUGGAGAUGAAGCUCUGAUUUUUAAGCCCGGUAAUGAGGUUACAAUCCUUCAAUCCAGAAUCAUUACCUCUGGUAAUAUUCCUAAAGCUCUAAUUGAUUCGAAUG